AUGGUUUCGUUACCUCAAGCUUCACUAUUAAAUAACCACGACUCGCUAUCGAGUAAUGUUACAAUUGUCUGGCUAUUGGCUUCGCUAGGUAGCGGUACUUCCAGAAGGGGGACAUCGUCAGUGGCUAUCGAAACCAAAAAUGUGAAGAAGAAAGAUAUCCUAGAUAUUUGUAUUCCUGAAACGUGUCAACUGAUAGAAUCAAAUGAGUCGAAUCUUCCUUUGCGUCAUGUGUCAAAUUUGUUAUAUGGCGUGGCUGUAUGCUAUAAUAGGAAGGCUGAAUAUGUUUUGAGUGAUCUUACAAAUCUACUCAGUUUAGUGCAGCGUAAUAUCCAUUAUACAAUAAUAGGGAAUGGGAAAAGCACUACCACUCAAUCUGCUAAACAGAAAUCUCAAGGGCCGCAAGUUGUUACUAAAAAUAUCUUUCUAAAUGAUGAUCCUAACUUCGACAUUUCUUAUAUAGGAAAUUUUGAGGAAUAUCUUGAUGAGAACUUGCAAGCACUCCAUGUAGAACCAGAAUCUGAGGCAAUCAAGAGACAGGAUUACAUAAACGAAGUUAGUAAUUCGAAUAAAUACGAGUAUGCUACAAAUACCACAAGUUUUGAAACACAUUUUAAUCGGCCUUCAACGCUGGACGAACUUCCUAUUGAUAUGGAUUUCAAUCUCGAAUUAGAAGAUAUCAUCAGCCACCAAGGUACAAUAAUGCGAACACAUACAAGUUCUCAUACAGGUAGUAAUGACCUUGAUUUUGAUUACCAAGAGAAAGAUAUAUCACUUAAUAUGAGUGAAGAUGUGAUAAAUCGUUCUGAAUCUGUCAACUUUGCCCUGGGACUUCCAGGUUCUAAUGAUGCCAGAAAGCAGGAUGCUCAUAUCAGCUUUAAAAAAAGAGCCGGCAGCCCUUUAGAUAAAGAAUAUAAUAAAAAAGCCAAGAGAAAUGGUCAUUUGCUUCAUAUCCCGCCCAAGUUGAUCAAAUUUGACGGCAAAAUAAGUUUAUCAACAGAUGUGCUCAAAAGGAAUCAUGAGCACUACUUGGAUUUCAUGUCUGUUCUCAACCAAAAAGUAAGAGCUGAAAAGAAUGGAACUUCUGCCAGAUAUAAUACAAAUGCGUUCGAUUACCAGCCUGAACUUCUGUUUGAAACUUGGAGGAGCCUUUUGCAUGAUGUACCUCAUGAAAUUUUAUCCCUUCCAUUCGGCGUUUCUGAGGAGUUUGUACAGACCAAAACUCAAUUACCGGAUACAUUCACCAUGUCAAGAAUGAAUAGCACCAGAAGUGAAGAACAAGGUAGAAAACAAAGUAAAAUAGGUUAUAACAGUGGAUCCUUUUUAGAUUCUGAAUCUAAUAGAUCACUUUAUGAAAUUGAUGUGAGGGAAUCCAAUGAUAUGAUUCUUAAUUUAGGUCAGAUAAACGAGGAUUUAGAGGAACAAACCUAUUUACAUGAAGCAGGAAGGCAUGAAGUCUUUAGUGAACAUAGUAACAAGGAACAGCUGGAGGAAAGUUCUCAGGAUUUCUUGAAUUUAAACUUCAAUCUUCCUCCUUCAAGUUUAGGAAGGUCUACCAGCAGAAGCUCGACAUGGAGGAAACGAAAAGAGGAGGAUACAAUUGAUAUAUUAGAAGCUAGCACCAAACGGAGGACAGCGCUUGAAAAUAAAGAGAAAAGUGAUAGCGGUAGCUUAAUCCAGACUAUUUCGGUUCAUGAGAAAAAUAAUAACAGCCUCCAACCAAUUUUGGAUAAUCCAACCAGAAAAUUUUAUGAUUAUCUCAAAGAAAAGUCAUAUUUUAUUGGAAAAGCAACGUAUUCCUCUCCGCCAUUCAAAAAGAAACUCCUCUUUGAAGACGUUGUCCCAAGUACAAUAACAGAUGCUGAAGCGACUGUCUCCAAAAGUAUAGCAGCCAGCGCAUUUUUCACAUUAUUGGACUUAGCUUCCAAAGAUUUAAUCUCCGUCAGAUUUUUCCAAGAUAAUAUCGGUGAUGAAACGGAGUCAUUUCUUAUCAGGAAUAGCGAUGACAUUAUUAUUUACGUUUAA